AAGAGGACACUUGUGUAGAAGAUAGAAUCAUGGAGUUCAGGAGGAACUCGGCCUGUGAAAGUAGAAUGCUCCUCCUGCUGAUCCUGGUGGGAACCGAGAUACAGUCUACUGACGCACAGAACCGCUGUGACAGGAGCACACAGGUGAUGACAAAGUCAGAGUGCCAUUUGUGCUCUACAAGUGAUAUCACGACAUGUCCAGCAGGUUAUAGUAAGAUGACAUCUGGCAGAGGGCGGCAGGACUGCAGGUAUCAGAUAAGAACCUCACCCUCAUUUUCCAUCUCCCUGCGUGGCUGCUCACAUGAAUGCUUUAAAGACGUGGUGGAAGAACACUGCUGCUCAGGAUACUGGGGCUACGACUGUCUUGAGUGUCCAGGAUCAGCGGCUACUCCAUGCAAUAACAACGGGAUCUGCUCUGAUGGCAUCGCAGGCUCCGGGAAUUGCACGUGUGAACCAGGAUUUGUGGGAACUGCAUGUGAGGAAUGUGAAGAGAACCGGUACGGACCUACAUGCAGCAACGUGUGCACUUGUAAGCAUGGAGUGUGUAACAGAGGACUGAGAGGGAAUGGACAGUGCACCUGUUUUUCAGGAUACACCGGGCCAGACUGUGACCAGGAGCUCCCAGGUUGUGCUGCUCUGAAAUGUGGUCCUGAUGCACGUUGUUUUGAAGAUGCAGCUUCUGGAAAACUGGUGUGCAAAUGCCAACCUGGUUACUUCGGUGAUGGAGUUCAGUGUAACUCCAUUAAUCCAUGUCAGAAGCGCGUGUGUCAUGAGCAUGCGGUGUGUGUGCACACUGGGCCGAACCAACACACAUGCACGUGUUCAGAAGGCUAUCAUGGAGACGGGUUGGUGUGUCUGCCCAUUGAUCUCUGCCAAACAGGCUACGGUGGCUGCCAAAGCAACUCCUCACGAUGUGUGUACGAUGGACCUGCGAAGGCUCACUGUGAAUGUCUAGAAGGGUUUGAGAAUUUCGUCAUGGGAAUAGGCUGCAGUGUGAAAGAUGCGUGUAGACCAGAUUCCUGCCAUAAGGAUGCCUACUGCACUACAGUGGCACCGGGAACAGUGGAGUGUAACUGUCAGGAGGGUUUCCUUGGCAAUGGAAAAGUCUGUUUUGGGAACAUAAUCAGGCGUCUACAAGAACUAAACUCAGACCCAACGAGCCGGUCAUACGGUCAGCUCUCUAGUGCCAUCAGCCUGUUUGAGGGUGUCAUGUCCUGGCCUCUGACCUCACUUGGACCGUUCACUGUAUUUGUACCAAAGAACAGGGCUUUCAAAUCAGAUCAACCUGUGAAAACUCUUCUGGCAGAUCAGGCGAAGGCUCGCUAUCUGGUAAAGAUGCACAUGGUCCCUGGGGAAGUGAACUCUGAUACACUGAAGAACGGAAUACUCUAUUACACUCUGACUGGAAAAUCUGCUGAGUCAGUAACUGAGUCAGGGCAGGUGAAGGUCCGAAUCCACGGCAGCCGUAAAAAAGCAGCGCUGUUGGAGUCCGAUAUUAUCUCUUCAAACGGGAUGAUUCACCUAAUUGAUAAAAUUCUGGACACAGUGCCUUCUACUGUGAUAAGCGACAGUCAGGAAAACCUGAUGAAAAUUCUGUCGGACAACGGCAAGUUCUCCAUAUUUAAGUCUUUAAUCGAGAAAACCAGCAUGGUGAAUGUUUUGGAUAAGGACGGUCCAUACACACUCUUUGCUCCCACAAAUGCAGCAUUUAAUUUAAUGAAGGAAGACCAGCUAAGAUUUCUUCAAUCUGAGGAGGGUAGACCAAAACUAUUGGAAUUCCUGAGAAACCACGUCGUAGCCUUGGCUCAGCUGAAAGCCAGCUACAUCGUAUCCAUCCCCCAAACUGUAUCCAUGGCUAAUCAAGUCCUGAAGAUUAAUGUGACCGCUGCAGGUCAGAUCCUGAUCAAUGGGGUAGCGGUGGCUGAGGCAGAUGUUGAGGCAAAGAACGGAUGUCUGUAUUCACUGGUGGAUGUUUUAAUCCCACCAUCCAUAGAGCCCAUUCUUCCUCAUCGAUGUGAUCUCACAGAAAGUAACGUGUAUAAGAGUCCAUGUGUCAGCUGUAGGUCAGUCUCCCAGGCUACCUGCCCAACUGGCGUGUCACUGAACACAACUUCCACAGGCUGCUUGUAUCUGAAGAGAACCUUCGGCAUGGACGUUCCUGUUCUAGGCUGCAGUCUGUUCUGCAACGAGACCCGUAUUACCCCUCAGUGCUGUAAAGGCUUUUACGGAGCAGACUGCUCUCCUUGCCCUGGUGGAUUCAGUGCCCCAUGUUCCUCCCAUGGCAAGUGUUUGGAUGGUAUAGAUGGCAACGGCACGUGCCAGUGUGAGCCCAACUUUAAAGGGUGGCGAUGCCAGUACUGCGCUGACCCCAACAAAUAUGGACCUUUUUGCAACCAAACCUGUAAGUGUAUACGUGGUGUUUGCGACAAUCGUCCUGAAGCAAACGGAGCAUGUAAGCCACAGUCCUGUCAGGAAGGCAUCACUGGUGAUCUGUGUGAUAAACACGUACGUCCAUGUCUGCCGAACCGAAAGUGUCACAUCCACGCCAACUGCAUCCUGGAACAAGGAGGCGAGCAACAGUGUGUAUGCAAGCCUGGUUACAUGGGAGAUGGAUUCCAGUGUGUGCACGAAGACCCAUGUACAUGGACUCCAAAUGGAGGCUGCCGUGAGAACGCGAGAUGUGUACAGCUGGGAAAGGGCAGACACAAGUGUGAGUGUAUGAGUGGGUGGAAAGAGGAUGGAGAUGAGUGUAAGCCUGUUAAUAACUGUUUGGAGCCAUCCAGAGGGGGGUGUCAUCCCAACGCCUUCUGUGUUUAUUUGGGACCAGGCCAGAAUGACUGUCUUUGCAAUCGAAAUUUCCGUGGCACUGGGACAGACUGUGAGCCUAUAAACCAGUGUGUAAACCAGAUGGGAGGAUGCCAUCAACUGGCCAGUUGUGUGAUGAUAUAUCCUGGACAAUUUGAUUGUGUGUGUGGAGCCGGAUACCAAGGAGAUGGAAGAAUUUGCUAUGGAUCUCUGGCAGAAGAACUGGGUCGCAAUCUUGACCUGAGUGGAUUCAAUACAUGGGUCACUACUGCAGAUCUCAGACGGAUGAUGUUUGAGAGGGAGAACAUUACUCUUUUCGUGCCCUCAUUACCAGCUAUCAAUGACAUGAGCAAAGAAGAUCAGGAGUUCUGGCUGUCGAGCAGCAACAUUCAAAGUCUGGUCAUGGGUCAUGUGGUGCCUGGGCUUUAUAGAUUAUCCGACCUGCGUAUCUCGCCCUCUCCACAACUGGUUUCAGGUUUACGAGGAACACUUUCUGUUUCCUGGACCAAUGAGACCACAAUGGUUGCUGGAGCGACUAUCACAUCAGGAGACAUAGUGGCCAACAAUGGACUCAUUCAUCUGAUUGAUAAAGUCCUCAUCCCGGAUCGCAAGCUGAGUGCUGGUCUAGUCGGGGUGCUGGACAGGAGGCCAGAAUUCUCUCUCUUUAAGAACGCACUGAUAACAUACAACCUGAGUACAGUGAUAGAGGAGGCCUCUGGCUUUACAGUUUUUGCACCUACAGACAGCGCCAUCAGAGAACACCUGAAGAGUACAGGACAAGACUCACUGGCUAUGAAUCUGACACAGUACCACAUUGUCCUGGAUGAGACGCUGAAGCAGGUUGACUUUGAGGAUGGUCUGUAUAAAGACACCAUGCUGGGGUUCUCCUAUCAGCUGGGAAUAUUUCGCAAUGACAGCAAUUGGUUUGUAAACAAGGCACAGAUGAAUGCUACAGAUAUUGAGACUGAUAAAGGAGUGAUUCACGGAUUAUCAGCUGUGCUGAAGUUGCCUAAAAACCGUUGUGACACAGCUUCCAAGAGACUUGUUUGGGGAAAGUGUAUGGACUGCUUCCGUCCAUCAGGGAGUCGCUGUCCAGCUGGGACAAAGCUACAGAAGAUGUCACCAAGGAGAUGUGUGUUCAGGAGGAGAAGUGGGCUGCUCGUUGGCUGUAUCGCCCCCUGUGAAAAACGCACCAUUAAAAGGAAGUGCUGUGAGGGAUUUUACGGCACUGACUGUGAGACUUGUCCAGGACCCGAAGGCCAGCCGUGUUUCGGGAACGGUGCAUGUAUGGAUGGUAAAAACGGCACCGGUGUGUGUCAGUGCAACCCUGGCUUCAACGGCACAGCCUGCGAGAACUGCCAAGGUGGCAAAUAUGGCAUGCACUGUGAUCAAGACUGCACUUGUGUUAAUGGUCGCUGCAGUGAUGGCCUGGAGGGAGACGGCAGCUGUCAGUGUGAUGUGGGAUGGAGAGGAGUCUCCUGCUCCGUAGCCAUUAAAUCAGACAUGUGCGGAGGGACGUGCCACUCAAGUGCAAAUUGCCUGCUUAAAAUAGCAGAUAAUUCGUAUUACUGUAGUUGUGCAGCCGGUUAUGAGGGAAACGGUACACACUGCAAAGUGGUGGACGCUUGUGCGAAGAACAAUGGAGGCUGCUCUGCCAAUGCUAUAUGCAAGAGGACCCUCCCAGGACGCAGACAAUGUCUGUGUAAUCCCGGCUAUGCAGGGGAUGGACAAGUGUGUGUUUCAAUCAAUCCAUGUCUGGAUGGCAACGGAGGCUGUGGGAAUAAUUCAGAGUGUGUGCACACAGGAGCAAACAAGUCAGCAUGUGUGUGUCUACCAGGCCACUCUAGAAAUGGAAAGACAUGUUCUCCUAUCAAUUUAUGUAAAAAGAAAAAUGGAGGAUGCCACUACCAUGCCAAGUGCGUAAUGGUCGGCCCGGGAGAGAGGAACUGCUCUUGCGAAAAAGAUUACAUUGGAGAUGGGAUUAAAUGCAAAGGCAAACUUAUAGAGGAGAUUCGAAUAAGAGGUCUGACUGACUUCUACUUAAAGUUGCUAGAAGCUGAUAUACAGUAUCUUAAAAGCCGAGGUCCAUUCACUGUUUUUGUCCCUAAUAAAAAUGCUUUUAACAAACUGAAUCAACGGAUGAUUAAUCGCAGGAAAAAUGCUGUGAUCUUGAUGUACCAUAUAGUUCAGUGCCGGAGCCUCCUCCCAGAAGACCUGCAGCAACCUCGCAACCUCACCACGCUCACCGGUGAAACCCUCACUGUUUCAUAUUCAGAGGGUAAGAUUCAGUUAAAUAACAACGCCACAGUGGUGUACAGUGAUCAAGAAAGUAGCAACGGGAUUUUCUACGAAAUCGACACUGUUCUGUUUCCACCCAGUUAUCAGACGAUAAAAGACACGGAUAAAGCAGAUUCUCUUAAAGAUGUAGCAGAUCAACACGGGUUUAAGACUUUCUACAAACUGCUGGAAGAUACAGAUGUGAUUAAACAGAUCCAGGACCCUCUCCAUGAGCCGGUCACAUUGUUCCUGCCGACAGACUCCACCAUGGCGGCUUUACCGCAAGCACAAAAAGACUUUCUUUAUGGCUUGCAUAACCGAGCUCAACUUAUCGAGUAUCUACAGUAUCACAUCCUCCGAGACAAAAAGUUGAACUUCAUAGAGGACGCACAAUUUAAUUCGUUUAAGACUCUUCAAGGCUCCGAUAUUUCUGUAAACUGCGUUGGAGAAAGCCACAUCGGGGCGCUCUAUGUCAACAAUAAGAAUUGUCUAAUUGUAAAGAGGAAUUUAGAUUUCAAAGAAGGCCUUGUUUAUGGUAUCGACUGUUUGUUAACACCGCCCAGCCUGGGAGGACGCUGUGAUCAGAAGGACGUCGUGGACCUAACUAUGCCCUGCAAAAAGUGUUCUUCAAUGAGUCCAUUAUUAAAUGGACUCCGUGAUUGCCCCCCAAUAGCCAAACUGAAGACUACAAAGCCGUGUGACCUUCCAAGCAUGCUCUUGUCUGUAAACACUGGAUGUCAGGCUGUCUGUUCCGUAGUCAUAUGGAAACCCAAGUGCUGCACAGGAUACUAUGGCAGGGACUGUCUUGCCUGUCCUGGAGGGCCUGGAUCUCCAUGCAGUAACCAUGGGCAGUGUGAUGAGGGUCAUUUAGGAAACGGCACCUGCACGUGUAAUACAGGGUUUCAGGGUGUGGCCUGUGAACUGUGCACUGAAGGCCACUUUGGACCCGACUGCAAAGCCUGUAACUGCACUGAGCAUGGAGCAUGUGAUGAGGGUCGAGAAGGAACCGGCUCCUGUUUCUGUGAAGAAGGCUGGGCUGGCACACAAUGUGAACAUAAAUUAGCUGAUGGUCCUUUGUGUUUACCUGCAUGCCACAAGAAGGCUGUGUGUAGCACCAACAACACCUGUGUGUGUAAGCCUUUCUACGAGGGAGAUGGGUUCACAUGUACAGUAAUGGACAUGUGCCAGGUCUGGAAUGGUGGCUGCUCGAAAGAUGCCAAAUGUAGCCAGAAGGGAGAGAAAGUAAACUGCACAUGUCUGAAAGGCUUUUCAGGAGAUGGGUAUGUCUGUGUGCCAGAGGACAUCUGUGUCAAAGACGAAAACGGAGGCUGCCAUGAGCAUGCCAUCUGCACCAUGACUGGACCCGCGAAAAGAACAUGUGCAUGUAAAACUAACUAUAUUGGAGAUGGGUUUACAUGUGAGCUGAAGGUGCUUCCAGUGAACCGAUGUAUGUUGGAUAACGGCCAAUGUCAUUUAGAUGCGCAGUGCACAGACCUGCACUAUGAGGAUAAAACUGUUGGUGUCUUUCACUACCGUUCUCCACUUGGGGUGUACAAGCUAAACUACACAGAGGCUCAGGAGGCCUGUAUACAGGCAGGAGGCGUCAUUGCUACCUAUACACAGCUCUCCUAUGCACAGCAGGCUGGAUAUAGCAUGUGUUCUGCUGGAUGGCUCGCACAGAACCGGGUAGCUUAUCCCAUGAGCUUCUCCAAUCCUAACUGUGGAUUUGGCCAUGUAGGAAUAGUGGACUAUGGCACUCAGACAGAUCUAAGUAAGACCUGGGACACAUUCUGUUACAGAGUAAAAGAUGUAAAGUGUGAGUGUAAGAUUGGCUACAUCGGUGAUGGAUACUCUUGCAUCGGCAACAUCCUGCAGGUUCUCACCACCAAGCCCGACUUUUCCAACUUUCUUUCACAAAUCUUGAAUUAUUCCAGAGCUGAAGCAAAGGGACAAGAGUUUAUAAAGCACCUCAGCAAUAUAAACACACUGUCCACCUUAUUUGUUCCUGAUAACAAUGGCCUCUAUGAAAACCAGACACUAUCCUACAGAGACUUAGAGUACCACCUGCUUGAUGGGAGAGCCCUAAUGCUGCAGGACCUCAUUAACGUCAGUCAUGUUAAAUCAUAUCUCGGACACACCCUGGAUGUGAGAGGGGUUCCUCGUCUCCAAAACCCUCAGACAGAGGCUUCCUCCGGAUAUGUCAAUGCCCGUUACAUUGUGGAAUCAGAUGUUCUUGCAUCCAAUGGAAUAAUCCAUGUGCUGCAGGGGCCACUGGAAGCUCCGCCCCCUCCACCAUCUUCCCUUCCUCAGGCUCAUACAGCAGGAAUGGGGAUCGGUGUUAUAUUGUUAUUAAUGCUUGUUGGUGCAGCAGUAUACGUGGCUUAUCACUUCUACAACCGCCAAACCAAGCCUUUCCAGUUCCACUACUUUAGGGAGGAUGAAAAUGAAGAUAUAGACUCGCCUGAAUCCACAGCAUAUAUCAGUAACCCCAUGUAUGAGACUACAUCUGCCCCUAGUGCCCCGGACCUCCCUGUGGAAGAUAAGGAUGACAAGCACCAGGUAGUUGAAGGAGGUUCGUAUGACCUGCUCCAGGAAAGCUGAAAAGACCCCAGUUGAUAUUUAAAGCUCAGGAUCCGUUCUGCCAGCGAGGGCUGCACACUCAGAACCAGCAGGACAUGUGGAGAGUGUGGAAUGGUGAUCUCAUGAACUGGAUUGGCUGAUGAUCUAUUGUGUGUGUGUUUGUGUGUGUGUGUGUGUGUGUGGUUAAGAUCAUCUUUUAGCCUGUUUUUAUUCUGUUUUAUUCUGUUUCAUGUGAAGCGAAUAAACUAAGAUUUACAAAACACAAUUUUUUUUUGAGAAAAGACACUCCGUUUGAAUUUUAAAGGAUCAUCAUUAAGUAUAACUUUAUAAUUACAGUUAUUUAAGCUGUACUGUAUAUAUUGCCACAUUCACCCAGCAAAAAUGCUGGACCUCAAGAAAUGAUUUUCGUGCACAAAAUACAUAAUAGGACCAACUGAAA